CCUGCAUAUAAAGGCCUGAGGUGGAUUGAGACCCCUCUAUACAGAGAGUGAUUCACCCCAGCAUGAGCAGCAGCAGGGGACAGAGAGUGUGGAGUUAAAACAUGCCCAGCCUAAUCAUCACAGAGACUCUGAUACAAACACAGCACUUCAAUAUGGAGCAGGACGACAGGAGGAGGAACAAGAACUUGGGAAAGAACUUUAUGUGCCGACUGCAAUGCAUGUUCUCACAUUCAUCCACCUCUGAGAGCAGGCUAAGUUUAGAAGAUACCCAACAAUGGUCUCAGUCACUGGAGAGACUCCUCGAGUCUAAAUAUGGACUGGCGACCUUCAGAACCUUUCUGAAGUCUGAAUUCAGCGAUGAGAACAUUGAGUUCUGGCUGACGUGUGAGGAGUACAAGAAAAUCAAGUCUUCAUUCAGAAUGUCAUCGAAGGCCAAAAAAAUCUAUGAGCAUUUCAUAAAGGCUGAGGCUCCUAAAGAGAUAAACAUUGACUACCACACGAGGGAGCAGAUCAAGAGGGCCGUGAAGAAUCCUACACUCCAGUGCUUUGACGAUGCCCAGAAGAUUGUCUAUGGGCUGAUGGAGAGAGACUCGUACCCUCGCUUCCUGCGCUCAGACAUUUACCGAUCCCUCCUGGAUUCCCUCGCCGCUGACGCCGUCAAGGGCUAAUAGGAGCGGAUUAGAUGACAGGAAAACAUGACAACAGAAACUGGAAUGUUUGGGGUUCUACAGGAUGGAAGGCUGGCCAAGCAUAGAGAGACUGACAGGCCUGUGUCCCUACAAACCAUGGUCGCCACAACACAAGACCACACCCUGAAACACUGCAAGUGGGAUUCGCCAAGAGAAAAAGAAAGACAGAAGGAAAGGCAGAGAGGAUAUGAGGAAUGCUACAGCGCUGCGAUUGCACUGGAUGCCGCUGUCUUAUCUGUAACUCUGGGAGUGACAUAUCAUAGGUGAUUAGAUCGUCUUUGACAGUGAAUGAAUCACGGAGUGAAUGACGAUCGAACUGAAACACAACGUCAGCAACCAUGCAGUCCCCACUCAACCGGAGGUGCUUCCUGUCCUAAAAAGAUGGAGAAGAGAGUGUAUGUGUGUUUGUGUGUGUGUGUGUGUGUGUGUGUGUGUGUGUGUGUGUGUGUG